UGUAUUGCCAGAACAGUUGAUACACGAGUGAAGACCAGAACAAGGGGAAAAUAUCUCAAAGAGCAGUUGAAAUAUUCUUGUUCACUUGCACCUUGAAUUAUUGGUAAAAAUGGUUCCGUCCAUUUGAUCUUUCGUUACAACAAAAAAUCUAUGAUCACCGAGGGCACCAACGCAGUGCUACUGAUAGGAACGACGUACGAGGAAGACUCCGGUCUGUUCACCUGCCGGGUCACGACCUCGGCGGGCCAGGUCGAAACGUCCGCCAAACUGAUAGUCAAAAGACGUCGUAAGCAACUGAAGCAGUUCAGCGCAACCGAUGGAACUCUGGUCCAGCAGGACGUGACACAGCAGUUCCUCUCCCAGCAGCAACAAGCUCAACAGCAGGGUAACCUAUUGUACCAGAAUGGACAAUACGACAGCACAAGCCAGGAGGAAUAUGAUACCGAUUUCGUUCCCCAGGGUGAUGAGAGUUUGCCCUGGAGAAGAUCCCGCAGCAGCUCCCGACCACCGGUCACACCCUGGCGACGAGUUUCCCAAGAUCGUCGAACAUCACGCGAUCGCUCCGCAUCAGUUGACAAACGCGAAGAAGUCAAACCGUGGACGGAGCAAGUAGUCAAGCUGAAAAAGACAACCAAAGAAAAUAAGAAGGUUGAAAAAGAAAAGCUGGAAACGGUACAGCUGAAGCCGACCCAGAUCCAGAAAACGAAGAUUCAGAGAGAGGAACUUGAAAAGGUGGAUCUGCGUUCGGUGAAAAAGGAACUGCAAACGUCGGAAAUCACCGAGCAGAAGAUGGAAGAGAUGGUAGAAUCGAUCAUCAAGGAGGACGUACCGAUCGGUUUAGAGAAAUUGCGACAUGAAGAAGAUGUCUCGAUUUUGGAGCUAACCAAGCAGGUUGAUGAACUUAUUCGCAAGGAUUCGGAGAAACCCGUUUCCUGGAGACGAGGAAAGAAGCCCGAGGAAGAGCAACUUAAAAAACAACAAUUUGUUGAAACCGAAGAAAGUACGCUGCUAAAGUUUGAACGCAGCAUGGAAGAUGAAACGAUCGGAAAAAUUGAAAAGGAAAUGGAACUAAAGGUUGAUCAAGAUGCCGGCGUUGCCUGGCGACGAGGUAAAAAGAUACCAUUCACGGAAACAGAAGAUUCAGCUAGGUUGGACGUUGGUCUAAGCGUAGAACAAUCAGUAGAGACCAAACCACAAGAACAGCCAACAGCAUGGAAACGGGGUCCCAAAAAACCUCAGAAACAAGAAAUCGUCGAAACAGACGAUUUGUCCCGACUGCAGGUAGAGGAGGUUGAAGAGCUGGAAGAAGUUAAACCCACGCAAGAACAACCAGUUGCCUGGAGGCGUGGUCCAAAAAAGCAGCCAGAGCCAGAGGUAGUUGAGCAAAUUCCUGAGGAGCCCACGCAAGAUGCACCACAGUUACCUCCAUGGAUGCGUGGCAGAAAACCCGGACCGAAGCGAGAGAUUCCCAAACCUCCGGAAGAAGAAAAAAUUGAACAAGUAGCCCUAAAGCCAACACCCAGGAAGAAGAAGGAGCUUCCCAAAGAAUCUCUGGAAGAGGUCUCACUGAAACCGGUUCCAAAGAAAGCGACUGUAGAGGUUGUAAAAACAGAGGAAAUUGAAAGUCCCGAAAUGAAAACCACAAAGCCCAAGAAGCUGAAAGAACCAACCCCACGGGAGGAGCUUGAACAGAUUGAAAGGAUAGAAUUCGAACCAGAACCAACAGUGGUUGAUUCGAAGCCAAUCGAACCUACUCCAGCAAUCGAGGCAAAACCAGAAGAAUCUGCUCCUGAACCGGAUAAGUCUGUGUGGCAACGUGGGCGGAAAGAAAAACCCAAGGAGCAAGCACCCGAAGAGAAGCAGUGGCCCACAGGUAAAAGACGUCCAUUGCCAACUGAGCCGAAAGAAGAAGUUAUCCUGAAACCAAUUCCAAAGCCUCAAAAGGAGACGGAACCAGAACCAGAAAAGGAUUUAUCCAUUAAAUCCACACCAAUUCCUGAGAUUCCAUUUGAAACCGAGAAAGAGGUAGAAAUUAAACUGAAACCGACACCGGAAUUACAGGAACCCAUCAGUGAGCCGAAAGAUGUUGAUGAGUCCCAUCUGCCACCAUGGAGACGUGGUAAAAAAGAUAUUCCGAAACGAGAAAUUCCAAAGCCGGCGGAAGCAGAGGUUGUAGAGAAAAUAACACUCAAACCAACUCCACGUCAGAAGAAAGAAAUUCCAAAGGAUUCCGUCGAAGAAAUAUCGCUGAAACCGAUUCCCAAGAAAGCAGAGGUUGAAGAAAUAACCUUGAAAGCAGAGAAAAUUUCGAUGAAAAUUGAAGUAGCUGAUGUGAAAAGGUCGGAGGAAAUGAGUCAUAGACCAGAGCUCGAACAAAUGGAUAUCAUUCAGCUUGAACGUACCGACCGUGAACGUGAGACACAAGUUCAACCGGAAGCACCACUUGAAGAACAGCCUAUACAGGAACCUGCUGAGAAAGAACAACCCUCCUGGAGACGAUCAAAGAAACCAAAACCAAAGGAAGAGGAACCAGAGGAGAAGAGAUGGCCCACUGGAAAGAGACGCCCGCAACUAGAGGAACCCAAAGAGGAGAUAACAUUGAAACCUAUUCCUAAGAAAGAGAAAUCAGAAGAGCCGAAAGCAGCCAAAGAGCCGAUCAUUGAAACAGCUCCAAUCCCAGUGAUUCCAGACGAACCGGAAGGAGAGAAAAUUGAAAUCGAAACUCCAAUGGAUGACCAAUCACAAUUGCCACCGUGGCGACGUGGUAAGAAGCCUGCACCAAAACGGGAAAUUCCGAUACCCCAAGAGCCAGAGCAGAUGGAGCAAAUAAAGUUGAAGCCAACGCCCAAGCAAAAGAAGGAGCUUCCUAAGGAAGCACUGGAAGAGGUAUCACUUAAACCAGUCCCACAGAAACCGGAAGUUGAAGAACUUUCGGUGCAAGAAUCAACUAUCAUUGAAGUGAAAGAAGUACUACCCAAACCCACUAAAAAGCCUAUCACCAGAAAAGAACUUGAACCAUUGGAAAAACCUACCUUCCCAGAGAUUCAAGAAGCUGAACCAGUUCAAUUGGAAACAUACGAGAAAACAAUUGAGGAAACGCCAAGGGCAGAUGAACCUGCUCCCGAACAACCAACCUGGCGAAGAACGGUUAAACCUAAACCCGAACCAACAGAACCCGAGGAGAAGAAAUGGCCCACCGGUAAGCGUCGUCCACUGCCAGAGGAACCUAAAGAAGAGGUGGUGCUGAAGCCUAUCCCGAAACCACAGAAAGAGGAAGAACCUAAACCGGUUAAGGAGGUUGAACUCAAACCAAAACCCGUUCCCGAAAAGGAGGAAGAUAAACCAGAACCCACCCCAUGGCGUCGAAGUAAGAAGGAGAAGCCAGUGGAUGAGGAACCCGAGGAGAAAAAAUGGCCCACCGGUAAACGUCGACCGCUUUCGGAGGAACCAAAGGAGGAGAUAACGUUGAAACCCAUCCCGAAAUUACCAAAGGAGGAAGACACCCCCGAAGAAAAGAAAUGGCCAACAGGCAAACGUCGACCACUUCCGGAGGAACCCAAAGAAGAGGUAGUGCUGAAGCCCAUUCCGAAACCACAGAAAGAGGAAGAACCUAAACCAGUUGAGGAGUUUAAACUGAAAUCAAAACCUGUUCCUGAAAAAGAGGAGGAGAAACCGGAACCCACCCCAUGGCGUCGAGGCAAGAAGGAGAAGCCCGUGGAAGAGGAACCUGAAGAGAAAAAGUGGCCCACCGGCAAACGCCGACCGCUUCCAGAGGAACCGAAGGAAGAGGUGGUGUUGAAGCCCAUUCCGAAACCACAGAAAGAAGAAGAACUUAAACCGGUUGAGGAGGUUAGAUUGAAACCAAAACUUGUUCCUGAAAAGGAGGAAGAGAAACCGGAACCCACCCCAUGGCGUCGAGGCAAGAAGGAGAAGCCCGUGGAAGAGGAACCUGAGGAGAAAAAGUGGCCCACCGGCAAACGCCGACCACUUCCAGAGGAACCAAAGGAAGAGGUGGUGCUGAAGCCCAUCCCGAAACCACAGAAAGAGGAAGAACCUAAGCCUCUCGAGGAGUUGGAACUAACGCCGAAGCCUAUACCCGAAAUGGAAGAAGAGAAACCGAAGGCAACGCCGUGGCGUCGUGGCAAGAAGGAAAUGCCCAAGGAACCGGAACCGAUGGAAGAGGUCAAGCUAAAACCAGUUCAGAAACAAGCUAAGGUUGAUGAGAUUACAAGGGAGGAGGUAGUGCUGAAACCUGUCCCCGAACAAACAGCUAUUGUGGAGGAUGUACCUAAGCCGUGCGAGCUAAAACCGGUGGAAGAUAAAAAGGUUAAAGAUGUGCAGGUUGUUGUGGAGGAACAAAUCGUCACGAAAACCAAACGUCGCGUGAAGAAACCUAGAAAACAGCUGGAACAGUUUGCUACAGAAAACGUCGCCCAGUUGGAGGAAGUAGAAUCAUUUGACGAGAAUGAGGAACUGCCACAUGUAGCUGAGACCAUUGCAGAUGUCGUGCCUGAAGAAGUGUUGGAGCUGGUACCAGAGGAGAUACCUCUGGAGAAGCCAAAGAAGCGAAAGUCCAGAACGAACAAACACGUGGUAUUCAAGGAGGAACUGAGUACCUACGAGAUUCAACCCGAAAAAAUUCAAGAGGAGCAACAAGAGACGGAUGAGGAAGAAGAUGAGGAGGAGCUACAGGAGGUAUCACAAACGACUAUUCAAUUAAAACCGGUGGAUGUUCCGGAAGUCAAACCACAAGCGAUUGAGUCCGUUCGUGAAGAAGAAAUUAUCGAAGAGCAAGGUGAAUUCAGGAAGGAAAUGGAAGUUAAGAUCCAGUCGAGUAUUGUGAAGAAAGAAAAACGUAGAAUCUUUGUCGAUGAUAGCCAACCCCUGCCGGAGUUGGAGAUUAUCACACAGAAACGCAUCCAGGAAGUUACCGACAAGAUAGCGGAAGAGAGCAUUCGCGAGGAACAGAAAAUCGUCGAAAGCACCAAGCAAACAAUUGCUGAAACCAAAGUUGAGGAACGCAAAAUCAAAAUUCAAAAGCCGAAGGUCAAACCACCAAGAAUCAUCGAAAAGUUGCAGCCGCAGAUUUGCGAACCGCAGCAACCGGUUGUACUUCAGUGUAAGAUAGAAGGAACGCCAUUCCCCGACGUUCUGUGGUACUUUAACGAUACGGUGCUGUUUGCUAACCCGGAAUAUGUGAUGAACAUAGUGGAAGAUGUGGCGACGCUCGAAAUCGCCACCAUCAUGCCGUACCACGUGGGGAUCUAUACAUGUGAAGCGAAGAAUGUGGCAGGAGUAGCCAUCAGUAAGACUAACAUUGUAGUCCAAGAAAAACCGGAGGUUGGAGAAGCCCCUACCUUCAUCACGCCGCUGAAGAUCAGCGUAGACGAGACGAAGACGACGGCAACGGUUACCUGUCAGGUUCAUGGCAUUCCAAAACCUAAGGUUAGGUGGUUCAGAGAUGAAGAGGAGAUCGUAGAGAUCGAAGAAAUUGAGACCAUCUAUGUGGAAGAAACGGGACACGUGAAGUUGACCGUUCGGAAUCCGAAGCACAACGUACCGGUCGUUUACACAAUCGAAGCCGAAAACAAAUUUGGAAAGGCUGUUGGCAAAGCGAAUUUGUUCAUUCAGUCCAUAGUAAUUCAGAAGCCAAAAUAUGAAAGUGUAGCUCCGAAGAUUGUAGAGCCACUUGAAGCGCAGGUUGUUAAAACAGGGUCGACGUUGAUUUUAGAGUGCAGAUUUACGGGCGUACCUCGACCCACACUGAAAUGGUUCCGCAACAAUAAGGAAAUCGUAGAAGAAGAGGAGAUCACUAUCAUUACGGAGGAAUACUACAGCAGGAUCGAGAUACGGAAGAUAACGCGAAAGCGUGCUGGAAAGUACGAAGUAGUCGUACGCAACGAGGCAGGAGAAGCAAAAUCGUCGGCGUCAGUUGCUGUGUCGGAUACCUCCGACAUAGACGAAGCCAAGGCACCUCGCUUCAUCGAACCGCUCACCCCCAAACUCGUGGCGGAAGCUGAAGUAUGUAUUCUGGAGGCUCUUGUCGAUUCCUAUCCAACAUCCACGUUCCAGUGGUUCCGCGAGGGCACCGCCAUCAAAUCGACCAACGAGGUGCGCAUUGUAACGGGCGAGAACAAAUCGAUCUUGAUUAUUGAAUCGAUCAACAAGAAAGAUGUUGGUGCUUACACAUGCCGGGCGGAGAACGUAGCAGGUUCUGUAACGUCGACAGCAACCGUCCAGGUGCUGGACACGAUCGAAACCGAGGAAGUUACGGAGUAUAUAUCACCACGUUUUAUCGAAACGAUAAAACCGACGCGUGUUAUGGACGGAGAGAAACUUUUACUUGCAUGCCAAGUUCAUGCGGCACCUCUUCCGAAAGUAUUGUGGUAUCACAACGAUCAGCAGAUCGUAGAAACAAAAGACAUCCAAAUCGAACAGGACACGACUGGUCGCUGCACGCUGUCCAUCGCGGAGGUAUUCCCAGAAGAUACGGGUGAGUACGUGUGCGUGGCCAGCAACAAACUGGGCGAAGCGGUAUGCAAAUCAACGGUCAACGUUGAACGAUUCGAAUACAUUGCCGAUUCGGAACAAUUCCGCAGCUCGGAAGAAGAUUUGUUGACCGACAAGUCUAUCUCAACAUUGGAGGAAUACGCCGAACCGGUGGAGUUCGCACCGCAGAUCAUCAAAGAGCUGCCAAGUGUGGUGAUGACCCAGGAACGUGAGCUUACUAAGCUGGAGGUGAAGGUACUGGCACAACCCAAACCGCAGAUACGUUGGCUCAAGGCCAACGAAGAAAUCAUCCCGUCUGAGGAGUUCCAAAUCGAGAAUUUCGAGGAUGGCACUUCUAUCCUUAUCAUCAAUGACAUCUAUGCGGAUGACUCGGGAACCAUUACAUUCGAAGCACACAACGCAAUUGGUGCUGCCGUAACUACAACCGAACUCGUUGUAGAAGAGAUCAUUGGCACCAAGGCCUACCGGAAACCGGAAUGGGUACAAUAUAUGGAGGAAAUGAAAGAGGCGCUGCAAGCUGCUUACGCUAUACCAUCAUUCUCGAUGGAGAUCAAAGAUUCUCGCGCAAUGCUCGGCGAGAAGGGAUACUUCGAGUGCCAUUUUGCAGGCAAUCCAAAACCAGAUAUUUUGUGGUAUCGCAACGGUAAAGUCAUAAUUGCGGAUGAACGGGUCAAAAUCAGAACGGAGGAUCAUACGUGUUCGUUGACCAUCUACCCGGUUGAAGUGUCGGACUUUGGCUUCUACAAGUGCCGCGCUAUGAACGAUGCCGGUUCGUGUGAGUCGAUUGCCAAGAUGAUUGAGUCCACUUCGCAGACCUUGACCGAUGAAGAACGGCUAAUUCUGGAAGAACAGUUCUCCACGAAGCGCGUCGAGAAGAACGGCAAGAACGGUAAAACCGAGAAAAAGGUGGAAGUGGUAAUCGAGGAGUCGGAGGAGAUGGUACUGAAGAGAGCUGAGCGCAGAAAUUUGCGUGAACAGAAGAAGAAAAUCAAGGAGGCGCACAUCGUAGAUGAGAUAGUUCGACAGGAAAUUGACGCCUCAAUUAAGGAGAAGACGAAGUUCUCACAAGAAUCGUCCAGUACGAUGACAGCGAGCACAACUUCCGAAUUUACCCAGAAUGUACAGAUCGCCAAGGAUAGAGCCACUGUGAAGUUUAAAGAGCAUCGCGAAACCCUGAUCGAGGAGGUGAUUACCACCGAAACGGUGAAGGAGUUCGAACGAAUGGUUAUUACCGAGAAGUUGGACGUAUCAGACGUAGAAAGCGUGAAACACUCGGUACAGGUUAAUGAGAUCCUAACAAACCUCAAGGCAGCCGAUUUUGGACCUGGAGAGGGCCCACUUCGUGAGCUGGCCACCAUCGCGUACAUGGUCAAACAUGGCAUUACCGUCAACGAAAUAAACGGAUUCUACCAGUCGGAUCACUUCCCGGCACUGAAAACGCCAGAAUCACAAUCGGCCCUCGUUUUACUGCUGGAAAGAGAGGGUUACGCGAGCAUCGUAACGGAAAUCCUAACCGAGACCGAUAUGGACGAAAGGCAACUUGCUGCAACGGCAGGAUUCCGUGCAUUUAUGCGUAUGAUCGAGCUGAACCACACCAGCGUCGAAGAAAUCAUCACACACUUCUCGCCGGAGGACUUCUUCAUGCACGAAUGGAAGCUUGAACAAGCUGACGAGAAAUUCGAGGAAACCCGAAUGAUCUCGUCGACUGAAGUGCACACAUCCGAGACAACCGUACUGACCAAGAAGGAGCUGGAUAUCAAAGAAACACCAGACAUCCGCGAAGACACCACCACUACUACGAUAGCCACCAAAACUACUACUAGCACGAAAAAACAGAAAAAGGCGAAAACGCAGAGAAAGCAGCAAGACACACAACGCGAAGAAAUAAUCACCGAAACCAUAGUGACAGAGGAUCAGAGCAUUGCACGAAAGAAACAGAAAACACAAAUACAGCCUCUGGCGCCAUUGCUGGCGAGCGAAGAGCAAAUGCUAGACGAAAUGGCCAUCGAGUUCCUACGUUCGCCAACACGCGAAACCAAGGAGCUUCCGUUUGUGAUUGCCGAGAUAUCAAACCUACCGUCGGUGCUCGCCACGGCGUCCAAUUUGGAGCCAAGCGAGCCCACGCGUACUGUUGCCUCUCUCGACAUCAUUCCGCAGAAAUCGAUGGUCACCGAGGAGAUACUUGCCUCGGAGAAAGAGUCCGACACUUUGGUAUUGGAUAGCAGCAGACUUUCCACCGUACCAAAGUAUAAUCUUACAGGCCUCAAAGAAUCGGUGCAAAUUUCCGAAACCCUAACAGAGGAAAUGCCUCAAGAAACCAGCGAACCCAAACCAACGACACAGUUAGCUAAAACAGAACUUAUACCCACACAGUCCCUUCAGAUAAGCGAAUCAGUGGCACACGAUAGUACCUCUAAUUUGCACACUCAUACUGAUGUUCCAUCGAAUGCAAAGAUGGAUAUAUAUACACACGAAGCCAAAAUGGUUGAAGAAACUAUCAGUAACCAAUCGGAGGAGAACCUCACCCUCCCGCAAGUACCCGUUUCGAGCAAAGCAUACGCCAACGUGCUUUCCAAAGAAUCAAUCGAAAUAACGGAGAUAAACAGAAUCGAAAAAGAGGAAUCGUUCGAUUCACAGAUGAAACUUCCUACGGUCGUUCCGAAGUACCAAUUCAUGCCCUCAGAAUCCAUUCAGACCAGUGAAACUGUCGCCGAAGACAGUCCAGCCAAGUUCUAUCCGGAGCUUGCAGUUCCCACUGAAACUGCUCGUAAGGUAUUCGUUGAGCAGAAGUCCUACACUACUCACAUACUAAACGCCCCCGAGAAGGAAGAUAUUUACGUACCGGGACGGCUUCCACCACAGCAAAAGGCAGAUGUUCUGCUUUCCACAACCGAACCAAUACAAGUUGUCGAACAACCGGUAGAAGAACACGAGUCGGAGCUAGUUGCAGCACUCAAACCCAACACAUAUCAAGCUCUCGACACGGUAACAACCCUCGAAAGCAUCACAACUGAGCUUGUGCACGAAAAUUUGUCCACAAAACCUUUCGAAACGGAUUCAUACAGCACUAAAACAGCCAAUGUGGACUUCCGUGAACAGGAAACGGUUUCGAUAUCCAAAAUCAUCAGCAACGAGUUCGAAUCCGAGUUAGCACCCUUCGAACCAUCCUCUUCGGUCAAGGCACUACCUUCGCUGACUACGCUAGUCAUUGGGCAGGCCGAGCUUCCAUUUGUGCAUGACAAAGAAACACUACAUCAAGGAGUUCCUCGUCCAAACGAAGCCGUUGCGGAAUCGAUCUUAGAGCCGAUGGAAAACGUUGCUAUCACGCAAAUACAAACAGCGGACGCUGAAGGACGUUUCUCGCCGGAGGCGUUGGAUCGAACGGAAACCGCAACUCCAGGCUUCACACUUCAGCAAUCGCACACUGUAUCAGCUGUAAUGACGAAUGAAAGGGAAAGUGAUUUCGUUGGGAAAACUGAUCUGAAGGUAGCGUUUGCUGCUGCGCAAGUUGAUGUUCAACAUCAACUCGAGAUCACGACGUACGAAACAAAUGAAAAGGAAACGAUUUUCAAAGCACCCGCAUUGCCGGAUGAUCAGGUAGCGAAGACACUUCCAACUGAUGUGUUGAAAUCGGUCCAGGUUCUUGAAACGAUGACCAAUGUUUCAGCUGUCGGUUUCUCCAAGCCUAUUGUUGAAACCUCUGCCGCUCAGGUUAAAACCGAAGAACUCGAACAAAAGACCAUCUCCGAAACUACAGUUUACGAAGGAUUGAAACCAUACGAAAAAUCCUUCGGACCAGAACAAAAAGUAGCCGAUUCAUCACUACAGCCGAACACUGAACUAAUCAUAACGGAGGUGAUCGCCGAGCAGAAAGAGCGUGAAGGAUACAGUGUUCAGGAAAUUGCAAAGGACUACAACGCGAAAACCGUUCCAACGCAUUUGUUGAAAACAGUACUUGUAGAAGAAACAAUCAUUUCGGACAGUCUCGAUACAGUCAAGCAAACGCAACCACUUUCAACACUUGCCGCCGUCAUGGAUGAUUGUUUCGAGGAAACAAUCGUGUCCGAAGCAAUGGUACUGGAAGGCACUUCACAAUACACCGCUGCGGAGAUACCUGCACUCAAAUCGGUUGAUUCCACAAUGGAACCUUCCGAAUGUCUACAGAUAGUUGAAGUCGUUCCUGAAAUCAAAGAACAGGAAGGAAUCCAAGUAGAAGCAAGCAAAAGCCAAAUUGCCAAGACUUCAGCUACGGAUGCGCUGAAAUCGGUACUGAUUGAAGAGGUUCAAAUAUCAAACAUUACGGCCGAGCUAACCGAACCCGAUGUUGUGAAAUCAGCAGCAACGGUGUCUAAUGAUGAACAGGAACAAACCACUGUUUCCGAAACGCUUAUUUUGGAAGGAGUUCGUCAACUGCCAGAGCCCGUUAAGCCGGAAAAGAAAACUGCUGAAACACUUGUUACCCCAAACACAGAACUAACAAUAACCGAAGUGGUUGUCGAACAGAAGGAACGGGAAGGAUUCGACGUGAAAGAGAUCGCAAAGGAUUACACGGCGAAACAAAUUCCGUCACAUACGCUUAAGUCGAUAGUAGUUGAAACAACGGAAGCAACCGACUCAGUUGGCGACAUUGAUAGUUUGCAACUCAAGGAAUCAUCGGCAGUGCUGAAGACAGAUCAGUUGGAAGAGAAGAUCAUUAGUGAAACGAUGGUUUACGAAAUUACAGGACAACACAAAGAACAGGAAACUGUCACUAGGCAGGCGGAAGCUUCGCUUCUUCCUAUCUCUGAAUUAGUGGUAACAGAAAUAGUAGCUGAACAGCGGGAAAAGGAAGGAUACAGCGUUGAAGAUGUCGCCAAAGAUCACAUUAUCAGAGCAGUACCGGCCCACACAUUGAAAUCCGUUUUAAUCCAUGAAGUCCUCACGUCGGAUGCGGUAGAUAAUGUUAUCCAAGAGGCACCACAAACCAACUCUGCCACCGUGAGGAGUGAACAGCUUGAACAGAAAACGAUCUCGGAAACUGUGGUGUACGAAGGAUUAAAAAAAAUUAGUAGUGAACUUCAACCAACUGAAAGGAAAGCUGGGCAGGUUGUGGAAUUGAUCAAUGAACUGUUGAUUACCGAGGUGUCGCCGGAAGAAAAGGAGCGAGAAGGUUACACUGCAGUUGAUAUUGCUAAGGGAAAUAUUGCAAAGGCGGUUCCUGCAGAUACGUUAAAAUCUGUAACGGUGGAGGAAGUGCUGCCCUCCGAAAGUUCUCAGAAAUUCGAAAAACUCGAGAAUGUAACAACAACUGCAUCAAUCAAGAGCGACCAUCACGAACAAACUACGGUUUCAGAGACUAUGAUCUUUGAAGAUACCACCGGCUAUGAGGAACCGACGAAACCUUCUGAAAAGUCUGCAGAAACAAUCAUUAUGCCCAUUUCUGAGCUGAUCAUAACAGAAGUUCAUUCCGAGCAAAAAGAAACCGAGGGUUACGAUAUUUCUAAGAUUGCAAAGGAUAACGUAGCGAAAUCUGUUCCUUCUCACACCUUCAAGUUGGUCACCGUAGAAGAAGUGCUUCCUUCAGACAACCUGUCCCAGCUGAAAUCACCCAAAGAAAUCUCUACGACCGCAACUGUAAAGAGUGAAGAAUUUGAACAGACCACAGUCUCGGAAACGGUCGCCUAUGAAGGGUCUCUGCAGUUCACUGAAAUUGAUCAACCAGCCCUCAAGAAAGCAAUGCCAGCGUAUCAGCCUAACACAGAAAUUGUUGUCACGGAAGUUGUACCUGAGCAGAAGGAAAAAGAAGGCUACAGUGUGAAGGACAUAGCUAUGGAUCACAUUGCAAAAAUAGUCCCGUCGCAUACACUGAAGUCAGUUCAAAUUCAAGAAACACUAUCCUCAGAAAACACCGAUGCUUUCACUGAAGAAACAGCGGUAACCUCGUCCGCAACAUACAAAAAAGACAGAUUCGACGAGACGCUCGUACAAGAAACCCUUGUUCUCGAACAUACUGGUGACUACGAACAAAUGACAAAGCCAGACCAAAAAACCGCCGAAUCACUCAUCACUCCGAUGAGUGAACUCAUUGUAACCGAGGUUGUCAGCGAACAAAAAGAAAAGGAAGGUUUUAGUCUUGAAGACAUUGUAUCGAAGGCAGCUAAAGUUACGUCAUCGGAGACACUAAAAUCGAUUAUCGUACAGGAAGUUCAACCGUCAGAUGUUCUGGGAAGCGUUGCCCAUAUAGAAUCCGAUAAUAAGACAGCAACAGUGAAAACCGACGAACAAGAACAAACGACAACCUCAGAAACGUACAUAUUCGAGGGAGUGCACAAAUACAUUCAAGAGAAGCCGGACGAAAAAAUUGCUCUUCCUAAUGUGGAAGCGAUAAGCGAGUUGAUUGUAACGGAAGUUAUUUCAGAGCAAAGGGAAAAGGAAGGUUAUGACGUUAAAGACAUAGCGAGCAAUUAUGUUGCCAAAGAAGUACCUUCCCAUACCCUUCGGUCCGUGCAGGUUGAACAAGUCCAGCCAUCGGAUGAUGUUGGUCUACUGCCAGAACAUGAAGCACAUAUGUCUCACGCUAAGAAAACUAGCAGUGAAAUCGAAGAAAAGAUUAUUUCCGAAACGACUGUUCUGGAAAACAUUGCUGCAAUUGCUGAACAAGUGCAACCAGAACAGAAAUCGGCUGAAGCUACCUUCCUACAAAGCACAGAGCUCAUUGUAACCGAGGUAAUUGCCGAGCAGAAGGAAAAGGAAGGAUACAGUGUCGUAGACAUAGCUAGCCAAUACUCAGCGAAACAAGUUCCUUCGCACUCGCUGAAAUCCAUCAUCGUGGAAGAAGUGAUUACAUCUAGUGCUACUGGAGAUGUCAGCACAAGUGAAACAUUGCUUUCAGCAGCCCACAUCAAGAAGGAUGAACGCGAACAAACAACUAUCACGCAGCAAAUUGUUCUGGAAAAUAUUGGCCAACUAGACAAGCCUAUUCAGCCGGAGCAGAAAUCGGCCGUUCCGAUGCUACAACACAAUCAGGAACUUGUUGUUACAGAGGUUGUCCCAGAGCAACUAGAAGUCGAAGGAUAUAAUGUAGAGGAAAUCUCCAAGAAUUACUCCAUUAAACAGACCACAUCUGAAGCACUAAAAUCGAUCACAGUAGAAGAAGUUCAACUUGCUGACACUACUGAGGGCAUACAAGAACCAAAAGCAUUGACCGGAGCCGCCGUCAUCCUGAAGAGCGAACACCAGCAAACCACAGUAUCGGAAACAAUGGUUUACGAAGAGUUAGGGCGACAGCCGGAAAAGAUCACACCAGAAGAAAAAAUGGCGGACGGUACGCUACAACCGAACACGGAACUUGUGGUAACAGAAGUCAUCACCGGUCAAACAGAAAGAGAGGGCUUCGAUGUUCAGGAAAUUGCCAAGGACUAUGCUGCCAAGCCCGUAACGGAAGGAUUGAUGCGAUCGCUAGUCGUUGAAGAAGUCCAACCUACAGAUCUAUUAGAGGACAUCACCAAAACUAUACCAGAACAAUCAGCUCGAGUCAGAAAGGACGAAUUCGAGCAAACCACUAGAAUGGAAACUCUUGUAUACGAAGACUUAGCAAGAAUACAAGAAUCUGUCAAGCCCGAGCAGAAAACAGCCGAAAUGAUGGUUCAACCGAACACUGAGCUUGUAGUUACAGAGAUAGUCAGUGAACAACGCGAGAAGGAAGGUUACAGCGUACAAGACAUCGCAAAAGACUAUAUGGCUCAAGCGGUUCCCGCCAAAACGAUGAAGUCGGUUACCGUAGAACAGGUAGAAAUAGCUGAGGAUAUCUCCCGUAUUGAUACACAAGAGCACAAAAAACGCUCAGCUAUUCCAGUCAAGGAAACCUUCGAACAAACAACUGUCACGGAAACAUUACUAUACGAAGAUGUGACACAGCAGCAACAAGAAUCAACACCGGAACAGAAAAAGGCCGACACCAGUUUGGAACCGAUGAAGGAGAUUACCAUUACAGAGGUCGUAACGGAACAGAAAGCAAAGGAAGGCAUCCAUAUUACUGAAAGUGAGCAACAAACUGCAAAAUUCAUACCCACUGGCGUGUUGAAAUCUCUCACCGUGGAACAAGUGCAGCCACUGCAAGGUUUAUCCGAGUUGCACAAAGAUAUAUCGAAAACAUCAACGGCUGCGAUUAAAACCGAUGAACUAUCAACUACUACUAUUUCGGAGAUUACCACUUAUGAAGGAAUCAAAGAGUAUGCUGGAAAAAUAGAACUCGACUCGUUUACCGCGAAACUUGUGUCAACUGACGUUCUGAAAUCAUUAACAAUUGAACAGAUUCAACCGUUCCUCCAGACUGGUGAUGUACCAGCUUCAAUGUUGAAGCCAUUGAUGGCAGUACCAAGAACUGACGAACGCGAGCAGCUGGUCUCCUCAGAAACAACCGUAUUCGAACAUAUCAAGGACUUCAUUGAUAAACUAGAGCGUGAAAACUACAGUGCUCAGGUAGUUACCAGUGAAAUCCUGAAAUCAUUAACAGUGGAGCAGGUCGUGGCGUUGCAGGAAACAGGCGAUGUUGAAAAGUUCAUUACAAAAGCUACUUCGGCUCUAAUGAAAUCUGAUGAGCAUGAACAGACCACUGUUCACGAGAUGGUGAUCUACGAAACGUUGAAAGAAUAUUUGAGGAAAUAUGAGGGCGAAGGAGAGAAUGCAAAGAUAAUUCCCAGCGAUGCACUGAAAUAUUUAAGCGUGCAACAAAUUGAACCACUCGACCACCUCGAUGAGGUAACGAAGGUUCAGAACAAGGAGUCCUUGGCAACUGUGAAGGCAGAUAGAAUGGAAGGAGUAACGACUUCGGAAACGACCGUCUAUGAAGGAUUGAAGGAGUACGACGGUAAAUUAAUUGCUGAAGAGCACCUAGCGAAUCGUGUUCUACCCUCUGAGCGAAAACCGAUUGCUGUUGAACAAACUGAAACGUUCAUCGGUAUCGGUGAUGUUCGAACAGAACCUCGCCAGUUGUCGGAAGCAGUUGUAACAACAGAUGCACUUGAGCAAAAAACAGUAUCAGAAAUUGCAAUUUACGAAGGUAUAGAAGAUGGUGUGACCAAGAUUGUGGUGGAUGAAAAGCACGCAAAACCAUCUUACGAUGCCUUGAAGUUGCCAACUAAAUCGGAAGUGGGCACAUCUGAUCAUAUUGAUGAAUUUGUUGCAAGUCAAAAAAUAACAGAGGAAACUGCAACAAAAAUAUUCGUUGGGCAAAUCAUUGCUUCGCAAGUGGAAACUGUUGCACACGAUUCUUUAGGCCAAUUAAAGAUUCCGGAUGAAACAGAUACCAAACACGCAGUCCCACAAGUGUCGGAUCUCAUCGUACCAACAUAUUCAGAAGUCAUAGCAAAUGAAGCUCUCGAUAAAGUCAAAGCAACUGAAACUAUGGUGGGGCACAGCGCAACAGUCAACAUUGGCGAUAUCAUUGUACCAUUACAAUCUCAUGUCAUCUCAAGCGAUACUACGGCACCAUUCACGGAGAUCAUCGAACCAUACUCCUCCACACCGUACAGCAUACAAACAGAAUCAGAAGAUACUGCCAAUCAGACCCACGAAGCAGUUACCAAACAUAAAAAAUCCACGAAGAAACAAACACAUACACUUAUACAAGAACAAAUCGAGGAUCUUCCAUUUGAGGAAACCAUGUCGGUAGAGCAAAUUGAACAAAAGGCUUCCAUCGCGCAAGAAAAAGUAGUGAAGACGAAACGUAGGGUUAUCAAGAGCGAGAGGGUUGAUACUAGGGCAGACACUAGCGAAACUGUAGUUGUUGAUGAAGAGAUGGUUCAACCGUUGGAGUCGGAAACUGUCGCAGAAUUGAUAACGCCGCACGAAAUCAUAGAAGAACUUCCGGAGGACAUCAAGGUUACGGAACACAUCACCGAGACUGGAGAGGUGAAAAAGUCAAUCGUAAAAAAGCGUACAAUCAAGAAAAAAAUAGCUGAUAAAGAGGAAAUCGUCGAGGUAGUUACCGUCCAGGAGGGUGACAAGUCUCCCGAAACUACAAUUACUGUUACGGAACAAGAAACACCUCGAAUGGAUGAAACACAGCCGGAGAAACCUCUAACCAAACGUAAAAAGGUGAAAACCAUCAAACCAAAACCGGAUGAGACGGAUGAUAUCAUAGAAAAGCUGCUGAAUUUGGAAGUGAAAAAGACAGAACUCGAGCUGUACGAAAAAAUUGACGUGGAUAAGAAACCUAAAGUUGUUGAAGAUGUUGUAGUAGAGGAGAUGCCGGUUGUAAUGAAGAAGGACGGAAAUGAAAUCGUCACGCGUGUUAAGAAGAUUGUCAGGAAGACAGUUGAUACUAAAAAGGCAUCAGUUAAUGUGGAAGAAGAAGAACCAAGUACCUUCGAAAUAACUGAAGAAUUUGUAGAACCAUAUGUAACGGAACAAGCUUCUAUCACUGAAGACACCCCAGAGAUAGUAGAAACAAUCCAAACUGUUGCGGAACAGGGUGUGAAGAAAACAACAAUUGUGAGAAAGAAAACGUCCAAAAAAAUCACGCAAAUAACACCCGAAAAAGUCGUCGAACCGGAAGAGCAAACUGAAGAACUAUUGUUAAUACCAACCCUCCCAGAACAAACAGUUAUCGAAGAACUACCGGAGAAAGUAGAAGUCGUUGAUGUUACGUCAAUUGAGGGCAAACCAAAAAAACAAAUUACUAAGACAAAAGUUAUCAAAAAGAAAACAGGCAAUAAGGUAGAGGAGGUUCAAAUAGUAACAGUGCAAGAGGAUGACAAACCAGCGGAGACAAUUGUGACACUCUCUGAAGAGAUAAUCCCCAAAGAGACUCCUCAAAUUACCGAUGCUCCGUCACAAGGUAUCGUGAUAACGCCUAUUGAAAAACCAAAACCGAAAAUGAAGAAAAUCAAAACAAUAAAAAAAACAGGCGACGAUACAGACGACAUAAUCGAAAAAUUAUUGAAUCUUGAAGUCAAGAAGACAGAGCUGGAAAAGUAUGAAAAAAUCGAUGUAGAACUUAGACGACGUUCGAAACAGAUAGACGAAGUUUCCCUUGCUACGUUAGUAGGAGAGCAUGCCAUUGUCGAGGAUUUACCGAAAGAACAAACGACUAAAGAAACUGUUGUAACAAUCGAAGAACCAACGAAAACAGUUAAAAAGAAAACGGUCAAAAAAGUACAACCUAAGAAGGAAGAAACUGUCUUACCGGUUCAGGAACAGCAGAACGCUCCAGGAAGUGUUGAAGAAAUCCAACCAUUACAGGAAGAUCAGCCUUCAGCUGAGUUCGCUACAGUCGAGGAUGUACCGGUGCCACUGCAAGUGAAAGAAAAAAUAAGAAAAAUCAAGAAGAAGGAAAUGACCGUCACGGAAACAGAAUCUACAGAGGCAUUGCCAGAGGAUGAAAUAACACCAAUUGAAUUGAAACCAAUCGAACCGGUAGAGGUGAUUGUCGAACAAAUUCCGGAAAAAGUAGAGAUUACAGAAAUCAAAACAGAAGACGGAAAGUCUAAAAAACAAACAAAAAGAACAAAUAUUAUCAAGAAGACGUCAGGCAAUGAAGUUGAGGAAGUACAUGUUGUCACCGUGCAAGAAGAUGAUAAACCCGCGGAAACAACCAUCUCAGUUGUGGAAGAAUCGGUUGAGCCAGAAAAAUAUUUACAAACUUCUGAAAAAGUAUCAAAACUAAAGAAGAAAAAGAUUAUUAAAACAAUUAAGAAAACAACAGACGAUACCGAAGACAUUAUUAACCGUUUACUUAAUUUGGAGGUGAAGAAAACGGAGCUCGAGACAUACGAGAAAAUCGAUGUUGAUUUUAAGCCGAGAGUUAGAAAAAUGGAAGAAUCAAUCAUCGAAGCAUUCCCUGGAGCAGUUAUAAUAGAACAUACUGAACAAAUUACAGAUUUUCUGCCUCAACAAGAAUCUACUACAGCAGUUGAGGAAAUCCCAGAAACUGACGAAAUGAAGCCUACAGAAGUCCGUACAGUGACUAAGAAGAAAGUCAUUAAGAAGAAAAUCGGUAAGGCAGAAGAGACUACUGAAGUGGUAACUGCUCAGACCGGUGACAGCGAACCAACAACUACCGUGACUAUGGCGCAGCAAGAGCUUCCAUUCGAACAACCUGAGGAGUUUGAGAUAUUGAAACCUUCUGCAGAGGCAGCGAUUAUAGAAGAACUUCCUGAAGAGAUUAAGAUAACAGAGGUUGUCUCUGAGUUUGGAAAACCGAUGAAGCAGGUCAUCAAAAAGCGCACAAUAAAGAAAAAAAUUGGCGACAAGGAAGAGACGGUAGAAGUUAUUUCCACACAGGAAGGCGACAAGGAACCGCAUACUACGAUCACCGUUACAGAAAUCGAGAUGGAACCUGAAAAACCAGCGAUCUCAGAAACCCAACAAGAAGAGCAGAAAAUCAUCGAGAAACCAAAGUUGAAGAAGAAGAAGGUUAAAACAAUUAAAACCACGGAAACGGCUGACGAUAUUAUCGAGAAGCUACUGAAUCUCGAGGUCAAGAAAACGGAACUCGAGAAAUAUGAGCCGACCGAGCUGGAAAUCAAGAAAAAACCCAAGGAAGUUCAGGAACUAUCAUUGAAAAAACCAAGUGUAGAGGCAGCACAAAUAGUUGAACCGGAAGAUGUCAAAGCUAAGGUAAAAGUUACAAAGAAACCGAAGGUGUCAACAGAAUCUGAAACUGAAGUAAUCAAACUCCGUCCAACGGAGUCAAUCCCCACAGUUGUGCCUGAGCCUGAAAAAGCAGAAAAGAUUGAAGGGGAUGAAAUGAUCCCAACCGAGCAAUUGGAAACGGUCGAUGAUAAACCAGCAGAUGGUGUGCGACAUGUUACGAUUAAAAAGAAGGUAAUCAAAAAGAAAAUUACGAAGGAAGGGCUACCACAGGAGGAGGAAAUUUCAUCGGAGGAGGUUGUGACGGAAGUUGUAAAGGAGGAAGAACCUGAAAAACCUUCUGAGGUUACCAAACAACCUGUAGAUGUUGUAACAGAUGUUGAACAAUUCGAAACGCAUGUCACCACUGAACUAGCAUAUGUAGAACCAGAGAAGCAAGAAGCAGUCAUUGAAGAGUAUCCUGCGGACCAUUUGCAGUUCAAGGAAACAUCUGUGAAGCAGUUAAAGGAAGAGAAACCCGGCAAAGAAAAGGAACCAGAGGUUAAAAAAGUUCAAAAGGUUGUCAAGAAGAAGGUUAAAAAGGCAAGCCUGAAAGAUGAGGAAGAAGAACUGGACCGACUGCUCAAUCUGGAAGUGGAGAAGACAGAGCUGGAAUCGUACGAAAAGGUCGAACUUGAAGCUAAGCCUAAACCAGAGAAACUGAAACCUAAACUGGAACCGAUGAAGAUCGAGCGUAAAGAACACAAACCAACUAAAUUGCAAAUAAGUGAACCGGAAGAGUUGCCACAAACUGUGAAGUUGAGGAAAGCGAAGAUCCCCGUCAAAAAGGAAAUUGAAGAGAGCGUCGUGCCUAAGGUGCUGCUUAAAAGUCGUAUAAUUGUAGUAGAAUAUCCUCCAGAGCUACAGCACCUACAGAUAAUCGAUCUGAGCACAACUAAGGGCGUUGGUGAGCUCACGCGAUUCGAGAAGGAGGUGGAGAAGAUUAAAAUGAAAAAGAUAAAGAAAAUCAAAACAUCAAAACGGGACGAACUCGAGCUUGAAAAGUUGGAUCUGCCGGACUAUGAGGAAGAUCAACCUGAGGAAGAAGCUGGUCAAGCAGAUAAAUCUAAAUAUCAACGCAAGCCAAAAGAAAUACUAGCGGAAGAACCUGAAGAGCGGACACUGAAGCUAGGAAAAGGUAAAGUCAAAAAGGAUGAACCUACAGAGGAAGGCGUAACUCUCAAGAAGACUCCGAAGAAACCUGUCGAAGAUGUUGCAGAGACAGAAAAGGUGACUAAGAAACCGAAACAAAAACCGGAGUUAGUGGAUGAAGAUAAAAAGAGCAAGCAUAUAGAAAAACCAUCAUUCGAGCCGACCGAGAUUCCUGAUGUAGAUGUUGAGCUAGAGGAAUACCGCAAACCUUCUCCAAUUCCGGAUGAACCAGAGGAAGAAUCGCCGAAUAAGAAGAAACGUCCAAGAAAACCAAGAGAGCCGGCGGAGGAAGAAACGGUCGAACGGCCCUUGGUACUUGGCAAGGGCAAAGCUCCCACUGAACCUCCAGAGGAAGAUGUGAAGUUCAGGAUACCACAGUCAAAGAAACCCGACGAUGAAUCAGAAGAAAUAAAGUUGAAGCCUAUAUCUAAGACUACAAAAGAAAAAGACGACACUGAAAAACAGGUCGACAGAGACCUUGCUCUUUCAGCAGAUGUUGAAAAGCCCGAGGAAGCUGAUGAAGAGAAGGCAACUAUCCACAAAAUUAGUAAGAAAAUUAUAAAGAAAAAGAUUCCUAAAGGAAAGGGCGAGGAAGAAACAUUGCAGGAGCCUCAAUCGGAAGAACCUUCUCAAAAGAUCAGUGAAGUUAUAGAGUUACAAGAAGAAACAUUUGUAGUAACACAGCCUGACAAACAACCCGAGCCGGUUUGGGAGAAACCAAGCGAAGUUGUAGUAGAGAUGGCAGAAGCCCAAGUAACCAUCGAAGAAGUUCCACAAGAUGUAGUAGAAAAAAUAGUAACAACAACGGACGGUGUACAACAGAAACAAAUCAUCACUAAGAAGAUUAUCAAAAAGAAACGCCCAGGUAAAGAAGAAACCAUCGAAGUUGUUACCGUGCAAACUGGUGACGAAGCUCCCGAAACUACAGUUACAGUGAGUGAAGUGAGCCCUGAGGAAUCGACCCUUUCAGCGGAGCCCGCAGAACCGAAGGUCCGUAUGAGGAAGGUAAAAGUGCCAUCCAAAAAAGAAGACAUCGAUGAUAUCGUCGAACGCCUGCUCAAUCAAGAGAUCACCAAAACCGAACUAGAGAAGUAUGAGAAGUUUGAUGUAGAAAUAACCAAGAAGCCAAAACCUGAUCUACCGGAAGAGUCACAGACCGUCGAAGUCGUCCAGAAAAAAACUGUCAAAAAAACGAAACAAAAAGAAGUCAAACAACAUGAAACUAUUCCAUUACUAGAAACACCAACAGAUACGCCCAUCGAGGCACAAACUACAGACACUUUACACAAACCAAUUAUUGAAGAAAAACCCACCAUUAGUGCCGACACGGUCGAAAUAAAGGAGAACGUGUUAGAGACGCAAGAGUUUACAGCAGAAAUGCCUGCUGUGGAGGAAGUCACACCCUUGGAAAUCAUCAGUAACGCAUCGAAGAAACCAACUAUCCGACGAAAACCAACUCUUACCGCUGCGCCAAAGGAAGAAGCUUUCGAACAGUCCAUCGAAGAAGUUACCGAUGUCGCUGUAGCUUCCCAUGAUGUGGUUCAAAUCUCUGCUACCGAUAUUCCGCAGGAAGCCACAAAAAAACCACGCGUCAGCAAACCUAUUUUGGAAGCUGCCCCUAGAGAGGAAGCGUUUGAGCAACCGAUCGAGGAAGUAACGGAAGCUCCGGAGGUCACACGCGACACUUUACAGAUCUCUGCUAUCGAUAUCCCGCAGGAAGCCGUCCAGAAGCCACGAGUUAGUAAACCACUGCUGGAAGCUGCCCCGAAACAGGAAGCAUUCGAGCAAGUCAUCGAGGAAGUUUUUGAAGUGUCGGCGGCUGUUCUCGAUCAGAUUCAACUCACUGCUACCGACAUUCCGGAUGAAGCCAUCGAAAAACCACUCGUCACCAAACCAAUGCUCGAGGCAGCCCCUAAACAGGAAGCAUUUGAGGUGCUGGCAGAAGAAACAUCCAUGGCACAAGUGGUAAGCUUAGAUAAAAUUGAAAUUGAAGCUGUUAGCGUACCAGACUUGAUAACUGAAUUGCCAACUGUUACGAAGAAGCCAAUCCUGGAGGCUGCACCAAAACAAGAUGCGUUUGAACAGGUUGUAGAGGAAACCUUGGAUGUACCUGUGUUUUCGAUGGAACAAGUGCAGCUUUACAGCACUGAAGUACCGGAUAAGGCCACCGAGAAACCUCAAAUAAAACGCAAGCCGAUUCUUGAAGCAGCACCCAAAGAGGAGCUGUUGCAACAACCAGUAGAAGAAGCUAAUAGAGCUCUAUCACCGAAGCUUGAUGAGGUUCGUGUUGCUGCUGUAGACGUUCCAAGCGAAGCAACAGAAAAACCGACAAUCCUGGCGAAACCUACACUUGAAGCAGCCGCUAGAGAAGAGCACUUCGACCAACAAGUUGAAAUAACAGAAAUCGUUGAACAACUAUCGAAGGAUGAAAUAAUACCAACCGCCAUCGAGGUGACAACCCAAGCCAUAGAGAAGCCUAAGGUUCAGCGUAAACCAAUUCUAGAAGCUGCACCCGUCGAAAGCCGGUUUGUGGUCCCUGUCGAAGAAACCGAAGCUGUAUCGGUACUUCCUCUAGAAGAAAUGCAAGUCUCUCCGGUAGAUAUACCAGAACAUGACAAGCCAAAGAUUGGCAAGAGACCAACACUUGCGGCAGCUCCUGCGGAGAGUCUUAUUGAACAAAAAUCAGAGGAUGUCGAGGUAACUCCAACAAUUCCCACCGAUGAGCAACAAGUAGUUCCGGUUGAGGAAUCUCUUGUCGCGCCAGCGGAACAAGCUAAAGUGGAACCAGAGAUUGCAGUACAGGUGGCCCCAGAGAAAAAGGUUAAAAAGGUGACGAAAGUUAAGAAGGUGAAAAAAUCACUGGAAGACGAUGAAGAACUGCAGCGCUUGCUCAACUUGGAGAUCGAGAAAACAGAGUUGGAAACGUAUGAAAAAAUUGAUCUCGAAGUGAAGCAGAAAGAGAAGCCAGAAAAGGGUGAGCUGAUCAAAUUAGAACCAAUCAAGAUAGAACGAAAAGAACAGAAACCAAUGAAACUUCAAAUCACUGACACACCAGCACCACAAACAGUCAAACUACGCAAGACAGUAAUGCCCGAGAGAAAGGAGAUCGAAGAGGUCACUAUUCCGAAGGUGUUACUGAAAAGCAGAGUCACACAUAUCGAAUAUCAGCCAGAGUUGCAAAAACCACAGACCGUUGACCUGGAUACCAAGCGAGGCGUUGGCGUGCUCUCUAGGACCGAAGAGGAGGAAGAAGAGCGUACUCUUAAGAAAAUUAAGAAGGUUAAGAUAACCAAGAAGGAGAAAGUCGAGCUCGAAGCUCUCGACAUUGAGAAAUACGAAAAAGAACCAGUCGAGAAAGAUGAGAAGGACGAUGAGAAGCCCAAGUAUCAACGACAGGUUAAGGAUAAACCAGAAGAAGAAACGGAAGAUAGAACACUUGUUUUAGGUAAAGGUAAGUUGAAGAAAGAUGAAGAAGAACCCGAGGAAGUGAAACUGAAAAAAACAAAAAGAAAGCCAAAGGAAGAGGAAACCGUGGAAGAGAAGCCCAAGAAGAAGAAGGAGGAAAAACCACAGGAGAUUCUGGAAGUGAAAAAACAAAAACACAUCGAGAAACCUACUUUCACGCCCUCCGAUAUUCCAGAUGGUGAAACUGAGCUAGAACCGUAUGAGAAGGUCAUUCCAGAGCCCAAAGAAAAACCCGUUGAAGAACCUACGAAACCGAAGGUACCCAAAGAACCGAAGGUUCCCGAGGUUCCAGAGCAGCCGGAACACAAAAUUUUACUCGGCAAAGGUAAACUCCCCGAACCGGAACCAGAACCGGAGGUGAAAUUCCGCAUAGCGGUUGGUAAGAAACCGGACGAAGAACCAGAAGAGAUCAAGCUCAAACCGUUCAAGAAACCAUCCCCAGAAAAAGAACCAACAGAGCGUGAUGCCGAUAGGGAUAUGGCACUUCCGAAGCCCAAAGACUAUCCAGAAGAACCUGAGGCAGAGAUCACCAUCAAAAAGAUUAAGAAGAAGAUUCCAAAAGUACCAGAGGUACCUGCUCCGGUCGAAGAAGUACCAGAGAAGGUUCCAGAAGAACUCGAAUCGGUGAAACCCGUUGAAAUCCCGGCUGAGGAACCAAAAUUGGAUGAACCUACACCGACACAGGAGGUGAAGAAGGUGGAAGAAAAACCGCUCGAAAAACCGGUUGAGAAAAUUGUACCAAAACCGGUCGAAGAAGUACAUGAAGAUGUACCUGCACCAUUGGUUCCAGCAGAGAAACCCGUCGAAAUCGAGGAAAAGAAACCUGAGGAACCCAUGGUCACUCAGCCUAAGGUAGAAGAACUCAAGGAAGAAAAACGAAAGAUUAAGAAGGUCAAAAAACCGAAGGCGAAACCAGAGGAAGAUGACGAAUUGCAGCGAUUGCUAAAUCUUGAUGUUGAGAAAACUCCUCUGGAAAAAUAUGAAAAAAUCGAUUUGGAACCCAAGGAGAAGGUGAAACCUGCACCAGAACCAGUACUACCCCAGGAGGUACCAAAGCCCGAGGAACAAAAAAUAGAAGAAACGCCGAAACCAGAACCAGUUGUUAAAAUUGCAGAAAUCGUUGUACAGGAACCUGUAGCUGAGCAGGUGACGGCUGAGAAGGUAGAAGAAAAACCGGUGUCGGAAGAAAUAAUACCAAGCGAGGUUGGGGAUAGCCUGAUUAGUGUUUCUGAAGAGAAACCAGUUGAAAUAAAACAGGACAUUGUCCCGCAAGAGGAGGAAAAACCUGUACCAGUCGAACCCGAACAGCCUCAGAAGAAACCAAAGGAAAAGAAGGUUAUCAAAACGGUCAUAAAGAAACCAAAGAAGGCAUCCAUCGAAGAUGAUGAACAGCUCCAAAAACUGCUCAAUCUUGAAAUUGAGAAAACAGAGCUUGAGAAAUACGAAAAGGUAGAUGUUGACAUCAUCAAGAAACCGAAGGUUGUCGAAGUGGAGGACGUGGAUAAGACUCCAGAGAAGCCUGAAGUAGAGGAGAUCGCAGAGGAAGUAAUCAUCAAACCGAAACCUAAGCCAAAGGUGAUAAAACCAGAAGAAGAGGAGGUUGAAGUUGAUUUCAAGAUUCAGAGAAAGCGUCGAGUGCUAGAGCAGCCAGAAGAGAUCGAAGAGAAGAUAACACUGAAACCAACGCCACAGAAAACUGAAGAAACUGUCAGUGUGGAGCGUAUCAUUAAAAUUGAAGUCGAACGCCCAGAACCAGUAACAAUCGAGGCUGUUGAUACAGCAGAGCUAACAAUCAAGCGUGAGGAAGAAGAGCCUACGGUUGAACCACUGAUUGAAGAGCCACCGGAAGAAACGGUGAUUCCUGUGAAGGCGGAAAUUAUCCAACCUGUCCAAGAGGAGAUCACUGUUGUACAGCCUAUCAUUGAAGAUGCCUUCAUUGAGGCCCCAUCUGAGGAGGUAGCUCAGGAUGUGGAAUCGGUUCCUAUUCAGCCGAUUGUAGAGGAAGUAACCCCCAUGGAACCGGUUCGCAGGGUAUCGCUCAAGCCGGUACCAAAACCAGUUGCAACCGAGGAAAAACCAAAGGAGAAACCCAAGAAAAAGGUGGUGGUAGUCAAGAAGAAGAAGGCUAGUCUUGACGAUGAUGCUGAACUGCAGCGACUGCUCAACUUGGAAAUCGAGAAGACUGAACUGGAGCAAUACGAGAAGAUUGAUGUAGAUCUACGAAAACGCGAAAAGAUGGACAUCGUUGUUCAGCCACUGCCGCAAAAAGCAGUCGAAUCGACCCUUGAGCCAGAGGAAACCGUUGUUCUCAAGCCGAGGAAGAAGAGCAAACCACAGGUGGAAACCAUCGAAGAAACGGAGGUUGAAUUCAAGCUGAAGCCUAAGAAGAAACCCGAACCAGAAGAAGAGGUACAAGAUGCCACGAUCACUUUGAGAAAACCCAAACCGAAGGUAGUCGAAGAAACGGCUGUGGAAGAGAUCAUCAUGUUGAAACCGUCGGCUCCUCAACCAGAAAUGGUUGAGACUGUUGAGCAAGUUUUCAGGAUCAAGGCUGAACCGAAAUUAUACACCACAGAUGAGGCAGAGGCUUCUUUGAAAAUUGUCAGAGAGGAACCUCAAGAGGAAAUCAAACCUGCUGUUAUUGAGAAGCCAAAGAAGAAAAUUGUCAAGAAGAAGAAGGAUGACGAUGUGGACGAGAUUACCAGAAAACUUUUGGAGAUGGAUGUUCCAAAAACUGAGCUUGAGAAGUAUGAGAAGGUUGAUGUUGAUUUGACCAAGAAGCCCAAGGAAACAGUUGAAGAUGUGGUGAUAACCAAGAGGAGGCCGAAACAAGUGGUGGUUCAGGAAGAGGAAGAGGAGGAAGUUACUCACAGUUUGAAAUUGCCUAAGAAACCUGAAUUGGUUCCGGAACCUGAGGACACUGAAGCUACAUUUAAGAUUCCAAAGAAACCUCAACCCAAACCGGAAGAGCCGGAAGACGUUGAAGCAUCGCUCACAAUCACUAAAGAAGUAGAAGUUGAAAUUGAAGUUCCGAAAGAGGAAAUUACCGAGCAUGUUGUGAUACGGAAGCAGCGACCUCGUCCCAAACCAGCAUUCCGAAAAGAGGUACUCGAUGAAGAAGAAGUACGAAUCAAAAAAAUUAAGAAGGUUCGUCAACCACGGCCGGUGUUCAAGGAUAUUGAGCCAGAAACAGUCACAUUCCAACCUAGGCGUACAAAGCACAUCGAGGACAUUGAACAGGAGUUCAAGAUCCAAUUGGAUUCGUACGCCCGGGAAGAGAUCUCUAUGACGGGAAGAGUGAAACUGCCCGCUCCGUACAGCUAUGGCGAGGAAACCGGCGAGGCACACAUAACAAUCAUCAAAGAAGUUGACGAAGACGACGAGGUCGUGUAUGAGGUUAUUUACAGCGACAGUGAAGUGGAUGUCCGCGAUGAAUACGAUAUGUACGACGAAGACACGGAAAAUGUGGUCCUAGAGUUACGCAAACGUCGCGAAAAGCUUGAGGGUCUCAUCAUGCACCACGAGGAGGAAAUAUCGCUCGACCUGUCCCGACGCAAAUCACAAGUCACACACGAAGAAGAAUCAUUCACACUGAAACAACAGAAGAAGUCUUUAGCAACUUACUCCGAAGAAACUGCUUCGCUGAAAAUUAUUCGAGAAGCCGAUGCAAACGAGAUGUACUGUAUUCAACCGGUGGAAGCGGAGAAUGAGGAGGCGUUACAUCUAGUCGAAGGCGAAAAAAUUUACGUCAUCGACCGCAGCAACUCUGAGUGGUGGUUCGUCAAGCGCUCGUGGAGCGAAGAGCGUGGUUUCGUGCGCCGUGAGUUGCUGAUGGAUGCCGUAACCUACCCACAGUACGUACAAAAACUGCUCAACGAAAAGAUCGACAAAUUGCCAGUCUUCGAGAAACCCGGACCCAGCGAAAAACCCCAGGCACCGAAGAUCGUUGAGAAGCUGCAACCGAUUACCACCCAGGAAGGUUACACGGUACAGUUCGAGUGCCGAGUAGAAGGUUAUCCACGACCACAGAUCACGUGGUUCCGUCAAACCGCUGUCAUCAAGCAAUCCCAAGACUUCCAGAUUUACUAUGACGAUGAUAAUGUUGCCACACUGAUCAUUCGGGAAGUGUUCCCCGAAGAUGCUGGUACAUUCACCUGCGUGGCUAAGAACGUUGCUGGUUUUGCCGCUAGUAGUACCGAACUGACGGUGGAAUCAUUCACCUCAGACAUUGGAUCCGAGGCGGCUACCCUAUCCCGCAAGAGCAUGUCCCGUGAAUCGUCUCUUGCAGAUAUUCUGGAGGGUAUACCACCUACCUUCUCUCGUAAACCAAAGGCUCAAUACGUUGAUGCUGGAUCAGAUGUGCUGCUCGAGUGCCGUCUGGUGGCCAUUCCCGAGCCAGAUAUCCAAUGGUUCUAUAAUGGUACCGAAAUCACCACUAAGAACAAUAUCCAAGUUGUGGUUGAAUCUGAUAUGCACAUGUAUUGCACUGUGGUUCAGAUACAAAACAUCGACAAAACGCAGGAAGGUUCGUACCAAGUCGUCGCUCGUAAUCGCGAAGGCGAAUCGGCACUCAACAUAACUGUAAAGGUCAAGACCGGACUACAGGAGCCACCACAAAUUCUGGAACCACUCAAGAGCAUGAGCAUUCGACAGGGUGAGACUGUAAUGCUGUCCACUCAGAUUGUUGGUAACCCAACACCAGAAGUGCAAUGGUUUAAGAACGGAGAGGUACUGAAAGCUCCCACCCAAGUGGAUAAGAACAUAUACACCAUCACAUUGUUAUCUCCGACGCACGAGAAUGCCGGAGAGUACACGGUCAAAGCGAAGAACCCUGCCGGUUACGUGGAGACAACGGCCUCCCUAACCGUUGACGAAUCCAACAUUGGAAACCCUGAACCUCCGCUGUUCCUGGAACGAUUCGAAGCACAAAGUGUUCCGCAAGGCGGAACCAUCCGUUUGCCUGCCAAGGUUUCAGGUAAUCCAGUACCAGAGAUUCUUUGGUUACGUAACAACAACACACUGCUGUCAUCCAAGAAGGCUAGACAAGUGUACGACGGUCAAAACAUUGAACUUACCAUCACGAAUGCCGACUCGGAACAAGACACUGGUAAUUACAAGUGUAUCGCUUCCAACACGGUUGGUAAAGCAUCGCAUGGUGCUCGUGUGACAGUUGAAGUCGACAAGGUUACGUUCGUGAAGAAAUUGAAGAAAACAGUCACCGUAGAGGAGGGCAAACCAGUGACGUUGGAUUGCGAAACAUCGCAUACCGUUUCGACCAAGUGGUUCCACAAUGGUAAGGAAAUGAGUGGCAUGGAUCACCGCGUCAUUGUUCAGGAAGGCAAGAUUCACAAGCUGGUCAUGAAAAACCCCACGAUCAAAGACGCAGGCACAUACCGAUGCUCAGUGAAGGAUCAAAUUACGGAGUGUACUUUAACCGUAUUGGAAGCGAAGCCCGAAUUCUUGAGAAAACUGGAAGAUGUUGAAACCAAAGAGAAACAGAACGCUGUGCUUGAAGUCGAGAUCAGUUCGGAAACGGCUAAUGUAACCUGGUACAAGGAAGGUAAAAAGAUCGAAGAGAAGAAGGACAAGUACGAGUUCGGUAUGAAGGGUAAAACUCGCACGCUACUGGUACGUAGCACAUCCGUCCACGAUGAAGGUGAGUACACCUGCGCUUUGGCAGACCAAGAAUGUUCCGCUGAAGUGGUGGUCAUUGAACUUCCACCUGAAAUCAUAAUCCCACUCAAUGAUGUGACCGUUGCACGUGGAGAAAACGCCACUUUUGACAUCGAGCUGACUAAGGGUGAUGCCCUAGUCAGAUGGUACAGAAAUGAAAUGGAACUUUCAUUCAAUGGACAUUAUCAACUGACGAUCGAUGGCAAACGUCAAACCUUGAAAAUCACGAAGACAGUCGAUGAGGAUGCUGGAGUGUACAAAUGCGUGGUAGGCGAUCAAGUAUCUACAGCGCGUCUAACAGUUGAGAAGCCGCUGGUUGAUUUCGUGAAGCGUCUGCCGGAUGUCACCAUUACGACCAGACAACAAGAGGCGGUAUUCGUCGUGGAACUCUCAGAAUCAGCCGAAGUCGUGUGGUACAAAAACAACAAGCAAAUUAAGGCCUCCAGCAAGUUCGAGCUGAUCAGUGAGAAGAAUGUACGUAAGCUGAUCAUCAAGAAUGCUACCGAAGAGGACGAAGACGAAUACACGUGCACAAUUGCUAACGUGAAAACUUCGUCUAAACUGAAAGUUGAAGUGAUUAAGGUAGCGCCCAUCAUCUUCGAUGAUACACGAACAUUUAUCAUUCGUAAAGAGGACGACGUUACGCUCAAUGUUAAGUUCAACGCUACACCGAAACCGGAUUGCGAGUGGAUUGUCAAUGAGAAGAUCAUUGUUCCUUCGACACGCUUCGUGCCAAAGGUAGAGGAGGAAACAGCGAGCUUGACCAUCAAGAAGGUUAUCGAAUCGGACGCUGGAGAGUAUACCGUGCGGUUGAGCAAUGAGUGCGGAGAUGCCAGCGCGUCGUUCACGUUGAUCAUCAAGAAACAACCUGGUGCUCCAGAGGCCCCAGAAGCUACACAAAUCACCGACGAUUCAAUCACUUUGUUCUGGAAGUCACCUGAGGAUAAUGGAAAUAGUACAAUCACCGAAUACAUUCUCGAGUACCAAGAGAAAAAUAAGAAGAAAUGGACCGAGAUCACCAGUAUAACCGAGGUUACCACCACGGUUACCAGGCUCACAAAGAAUUCCGAAUACACAUUCCGCGUGACAGCGGUGAAUGAAAUUGGCAAAGGGCCAGCCUCGCCAAACUCGCCAUAUUACAAGAUAGCUGCUCCAAUCAAGAAGGAAGCUCCGGUCAUUAGUGAGCCCCUGAAGGACAUUCACAUUGGUCUGGAUCAAACGGUAACGCUGACCUGUGUUGUAAAUGGCGUUCCAACUCCAGAGGUAACUUGGUACCGCAAUGGGGAAGCUUUGAAGGAAAAGACCAUUACGUACGAGAAUGGAGCUGCCAAGUAUAUAAUCAAGAAGACAACUAUCGAAACAAGUGGUACCUACAGCUGUAAGGCCGUCAACGAGGUCGGAAGUGUUGAGAGUAGCUGUAAGGUUGUGAUUGAACAGAAGCCAUCGAUCUCUGUGGAGAAGAAACAGAUCGUACAAAAGCUCCGCGUUGGAGACGAAUGGACUGUAGAGGCCACCUUCGAUGGCUAUCCAACCCCACAAAUAAUCUGGUACCGCGAGGAGGAGAUUAUCGAAUCUACAUCCACGCAAACUAUCAUGACCACCGAAAGAACUUCAACCGCCACGAUUCACACAUUGGAUCGCUCCGAUAGUGGAAAAUAUGUAGUCGAAGCGAGGAACUCCGCCGGAACUUCCAGCAUUGAGUUGCAGCUCAAGGUCAUCGACAAACCAAGCAAACCUGAAGGACCAAUUGUUGUUAGAGAAAUGAGUCCAGAGGCUGUAGUCAUCGAGUGGAAGCCGCCAGUCGAUGACGGUGGCUUAGAAAUUUCGCAAUAUUCGAUUGAAAAAUGCGAUGACUCCAAUAAGAACGCUUGGAUCAAGGUGGCUGAUGUGCAAAAGCAUAUCAAGUCAUACUGUAUCCAGAAACUGCUCGACUCAACCCAGUACCACUUCCGCGUGAUUGCCCAGAACCCAAUCGGAUGCUCUGAACCACUGGAGAGUGCGUCGAUCACUGUGAGCCAGGUUCUUCAACCUCCAUCUCCACCAAGAGGACCAAUUGAGACAUCGGGAAUGACGAGCAAUUCUUUUACGCUGAUGUGGCAAGCCUCGGAACGCAACGGUGGAAGUAAAAUCACCGAAUACGUGGUAGAAAUUAAGGAAGCCAAGAAAAAGGUCUGGAAGAUGGCCGGAAGCACAAGUGCAAGUGAGACAUCACUGUUCAUCGAAAAUCUGACAGCAAACAGAGCUUACGAAUUCAGAAUAACCGCAAAGAACAAGAUCGGAACGAGCGAACCUCUUCAAACCGUGGAAGCGAUCGUCGCCGGAAAGGAAACAACACCACCUUCGGCUCCACGCAAUCUGCGUAUCGUCAACGUGACCAGCAAGAGCAUUAAGCUCGAGUGGCAGCAACCGGAAACGAACGGUGGCUCCGAUGUCACUGGUUACGUGGUCGAGAAACGUCUCACCACUGCCCAGCAGUGGACCAAAAUCAAAACACUGGACGCCAACUGUCUCAGUUACAGCGUCGACAACAUUAAAGAAAAGUCUGAACUAGUAUUCCGAGUGUUCGCCGAGAACGCAGUCGGUCUGAGUCCACCCGCGAACUCGGAGCCUGUUAUACUGAAAACACAUGCCACGGUGCCAUCACCACCAACGGGACCACUGGAGGUGCGCUACCUUGGUCCAAACAUCAACAUUGUCGAAUGGGGUAUUCCCGAAUCCGAUGGAGGUGCGCCAUUGGAGGGCUACAAUAUCGUCAUUCGCAACGUCAAGAAAACGAUGUGGAUGGAGGUUGGUCGUGUGGCUGCCGAUUGCCAGUCGUUCAACAUCAAGGACCUGGCCGAGUAUGAGGAGUACAUCAUUAGAAUAAUGGCCCGUAACGAAGUUGGCUGCAGUGACCCACUGGAAUCUGACGAACCCUACCAGGUUCAGCAGGGAGCUGGUAAGUAUCUGCCGCGUUCAUUGCCGAGAAUCUCUACCAACACAAGUCUCCUUACAGCACCGGAGGACACUCACGACGAAACGACGCGCGACUUCUCCGAGCCGACCGGUACGAACACUUCGUCCUGGCUGAGGGAACAUAACAUGACGGCGGACAUCCACAGCUACGCCCGACAUAAGCUGCUCAGAAGAAGCGAGUACUUCUUCAAGCUGUGGUUGAACGCCAGAAAUCUGUUCAAAUGAAAACUUGAUAAUUCCUGACAAAACUAGCUCAAGAUUACUAUUUUUUAAUACGUAGAUGAGAGAUGUACAUUUAGGUGCGGCAAAAUCCAAAACUAUUGUUAGCCGUUAGAACGAGAAUAGCGAAAAAUAUACAUGGCUUAAAGUUGUAUAUAAAUAUUAGCCACCAACAGCAGAAAUUAUUUUCGAAAAUGAAACACACAAAACUGUGCAACAAAGUACGACUAUGAUUUGUUUCCUGUAACUGUGAUACGGAAAGAGAUUUCAAGGUAAACAAGAGAACAUAACCUCUCGCAGCAAGAGCGAAACAAUAAAACAAACGAAAGAGUUUCAUAAUUUAAGACAAACGACGAAGCAGCGAUUCUACGGAAGAGCGUUUAUUUUUUACAAUUUCCGAGAUAUUAUUUUGUACUAGCGCGAUGAAGAGCCAUCGCUGGAUUGUAGUGUUAUUAUGUUAUCACUGUAAACUGUGUAAUUUGUAUGUUUUAAAUUGCGAGUCGAAAACUUCUCGGUCCCUUCCAGCGCGACACAGUCAACAAUAAGAUCCACGAAUCCGGUAGGCAGGUCAACGAAACUCUAUCAGGGAGACAAUUAGUAUAGGUGCGUAUAUUAAUCGAACCGGAUCGGCCUCUGGAGGGACUCUGGGAUCGCUCGAGAAGUUUCGGAGAAAUGCAAUACUCGCGAGAAUAUUAUAAAAAUCUAAAUUUUAUGUAUAUUGUACGAUUCUUGUUUUAACUCAAUUUGAACAUGCAGAACAACCUUCUGUUUACCAGUGUGUUUAAAGCAAUAAAAACAAAACGAAAUAAUGA